CCCGUCUAUUUUUUUUUUUGCAAAUAAUCCUCCCGUCUAUUAUUCCCUUCAACGCUGAAUUCGCACAAGGGAGCUCCCCCUCGUUUCAGUGUCGGUCACCCUAACCUUGGAUUUGCGCAUCGCAGGUGUCAAUCAGGCGAGCCUUAACCAAACCGCGCAGACUCCGACCGUUUCCCCUCUGCUUGCGCUGACUGUCCAGUUGUGGAUGAUGUAAUGUUUGCAAUCUCCAGCCCUCCGGCCUUCAACAGGUACAUUCCACAAAUGAACAAGACCUACGACAAAACCUUUUCAAAUGGUGGUUGGGAGAGGAAAGAAACACGACCAAAGGAGCUCUAAGGGAAGUUGUCCCAGGAAUUAUCACGUGGUUUGUAUGGAAAGGCUACAAUCACACAAUUUGGGACAAUAAACCUUUCUCAACAAAGCAGCAGUAAUCAAGAAAUACAUAUUCCAAUGAUGCACAGUCAAAGCAAAGACAGAAUACAUACAUUUUGACAACGAACUAUUCACACAACAACUUAUGCCUUACAUCAAAACAAAAAAAAAUAAAACAGAAGGUCAAUGGAACAUCACCUCUCGAGUAAGCUUAUGUCUCAAUGUAGAUGCACCAUUCAGACUCACUCACAGUGCAGGGGGGUACUUAGAAACCAAACCGGAAUCCUCCUAGCAGCAUUCUCAUUCCCUUUAAAGGCCAAAUCUUCACUCCAUGCAGAAAUACAAGCAUUACUCACCUCGGUAAAAACAUCAACAGAAAUGGAUUAUGCGGAAUUUGAGGUCCAAACAGAUUCAGAAAUAACCGUACAAGCAACACAAGGAAGAAAGAAACUACAUGUAGAAUACCAAGACGAAAUCCCAAGAAUUAGGCACCUGCGAGGCAGCUUCCGGCUAAGGAUCACCCACAACUACAGGGAACAAAACCGAACAGCUCACGAACAAGAACAGGACGGAUUAAACAGAAUCAAAAUAAUGUUUCACCCAACCAAAAAUCUGCCGCUUUCAGUACAGUCGGCUUACCAAGACGACCUCAAGGGAAGGACUCGAUUCUUUGAUGCAGGCUAAACGACCUACAAACUACAUGAGAGCGUAUCAAAGAAGAAGGUGAUUUGGAGGUCAUCUUGUAGGGGUGCACCUUUCGGUAUUUAUCUUUUAAUUUUUUCCGGGCACUUUUGAAAAUUGGAGUUACUUUUAACCGUCUUUCAUAGACGUUUUUAACGGUGUGACCCUCUUGUGAUAACGGAAUUCAAUCACAUGAAUCACUUUGAUAAAGAAUGAAACACAUGAC